UCCAUUGCUGUAAUUUAGUGUGAGGAGAUGUCGGGACGAGGGAAGCAGGGUGGAAAAGCCCGCGCCAAAGCUAAGUCCCGCUCUUCUAGAGCGGGCUUGCAGUUUCCCGUAGGUCGGAUCCAUCGUCUGCUUCGUAAAGGAAACUAUGCAGAGCGGAUAGGGGCAGGCGCACCAGUGUACUUGGCGGCAGUGUUAGAGUAUCUGACAGCAGAAAUCCUUGAACUGGCUGGCAAUGCUUCUCGCGAUAACAAGAAAACUCGCAUUAUUCCCCGCCACCUGCAGCUAGCUAUCCGCAAUGAUGAGGAACUCAAUAAGCUUUUGGGCGGCGUGACCAUUGCCCAGGGCGGAGUCUUGCCCAACAUUCAGGCAGUGCUGCUGCCCAAGAAGACUGAGAGUCACCACCAUAAAGCCCAAAGCAAGUAACUUCGGGUUGUCAUUGAUAAUGACGUGUCACAAAAAACAAAAGGCUCUUUUCAGAGCCACCUACCGUCUCAGAAAAGGCUGUACAUUACAAAAUGUUACUGCUGUUAGGCAGCCAUCUUACGUGCCUGUCAGAAGUAAUGCCCGUUUAAGCGCAUUUCGGGAAUGUACGGGGACUGAAUUUUCAAGGAGCGUUGCAUCGACCAUUAGUUUGAAGUAGUUUUGGUUAUAUAUGUCACUGGGCGAGGUGGUUUAACGCUUGUGAGCUGUCAAUACUUGGCAGUUGUGGAGGUUGGAGCGGGAGGGUCGUUUAAGCCCGGGGCUUAACUGUUAACAUAAUUGCGACCCUGUCCCCAUAGAAACUAGCCGGGCCUGGUGGUGCAGGCCUGUGGUUUCAGCUGCUCGGGAGGCUGCGGUGGGAGGGUUGUUCAUGAGUCCGGGAGGCGAAAGUUACAGUGAACGAAGAUUGCUCCACUGCACUCCAGUCUGGGUGACAUGAGCGAGACUGUAUCUCAAACUGGAGUUACGUAUGUCAGUUAUGUUAAGGGUUACACAUGGAAGUGAAAAUUGCAUUACAAGCAGGAGAGGGGUAAUCUUCCAGUUUAAAUCCAGGCAACAUCAGUCUGGCUGGUUAAAGUACAUUUUAGAGAAUUUCCUUUCAAAUAUGGUAGUUUCACGAAACAUUCAUAAUUAAAUGUGGCAUGUAAGUAAGUUAAAAUUUGGGUAAACGUAUGUUUGAUACCUGUGGCUUCACGUACUUUGUAAAGAGUAAUAGAAUUAUUUCUUAAAAUGUAAGUAAAAUAUGUUUAAAAGCCUUACACCAUAUGUGAUGGUGAGAUACUAGUGUCAGACUCAGGCAGGAAUGGGACUAGAAGGCCUAACAUAAUUUGAAGUUUAGAAAUUUGGAACAGUAUAUGCUUCAAAAGUUUUGACUGUUGAAAAGAGGCAAAAUAGUUUGUUGAUCUGUGUUUGUAGUUUGUGCUGUAAACACCAAGAGAAAGUGAAAAACAAAACCCAUUCAGUAACACUGGCAAAUAACUAAAUUAAAAAUUACUGUACGAUAUUCAACAGCUGACCUUACCUCGAAAAAAAAAACUCAUUUGGUUACAAAAAAAAAAAAAACUGCUAAACACUUGAUAUCUACACAUAAUAAGGCGUGUAUAGAAAGAGGUAAAGUUCUGUAAAAUAAAACAUGCCGAGUAAGGACAAUCAAGUUACAAAAGUCAGUCAUCCCUUGAAUUAACCUGCAUACAUAGUAAGUAAGGGAUGCAAUUAGGGAAGGCAAAAACUGAAGACAUUUCUGAAAACAGAAAUGGCAACUAUAUGUUGAAUAAAACUGGGUAAUAUUUAGAACAUGGCAAAUGUGAAACUUAAAAUCAGGAUAUAAGACAAAUCUAAACAGAUGAAUUCCAAGUAAUUAAUGUAGAUUCUUUGUCAAGGAAGUGGCACUUAACUUCCCAGACUUGCCAAGGCAGAGGAGGAGGGACUUGACUUUAUAGAAGAGAACCUGUGUAUUCUUCUAUUCCAAAUGCACUACAUAAUACUUUUAUUUCCAUCUCUAAUGCAAUCCUAUUAAAAUUGCAUUAAACUAAAUGUUUAGAUAGAAUAAAAUAUAUUAAAAAAUUAUUAAUACAUGUUAAAGGAGACAUGCCCCUUGAUUUUUCAAAACAAUUUACUUGCAGAAGUUUCUGAUUCUUCUUUUUUUGGAGCCAGAGUCUCCCUCUAUCACCCAGGCUGGAGUGCAGUGGCACGAUCUCGGCUCAUUGCAACCUCCGGCUUCCGGGUUCAAGUGAUUCUCCUACCUCA